AUGCCCUGUGCCGCGGCUAUUGCUGUGAGCAGAACAGAGGGACAAAACUGUUCACUGCCACUGUGUGUGACAGAGGGAACAGUUGUUUCUUUCCGACUGGAGGACACAGGCAGAUAUGAGUGUUUUGCUUUAGUCACAACAGGAGAAAACAAGAAACAGCACGUCAUGUGCUACAUUGAUCUGAACGUCACAAAGCUGAGUCCAGAAGAGAAACAAACUCAGGACAAUGAUAAAGGACAAGAUCAUUCUCAGGGUCUGGAUGUGGUGGUGGUGGUGGAGUGGGAGUGGUUUUGGGUGGUUGUGCUGCCGUCUGUGCUGUUGAUUUGUGCUUUUUGUAAAAGAAACAUCAAUCUGUGGCAGCAGAUUUCCAAACAGCCAAACACCCCACUUACAUCAGAAAAUCCGCUCUCAUGA